UGAACCAACUUUAUUUGCUUCCAUGAUGCCUUAUGUAGCCAAUGGACUUUUCAAAAAUGAAAAAGUUAAUGAUGUUUGGAACAAUAGUAUUAUGAUCAAUUCAAUUAUUGCUGGAGUUUAUUUUUUGGGUUGACUUUUCUUCCCCAAGAUCCGAACCUUUUAGUUUGCAUAUUAAAUUUGGGAUAAUAAUUAACAAUUGGAAAGAAAUUCUCAAUGCUAAAAAAACAUGAGUGAGAUUGACGUGGGUGGAAAGAAUACAGUUUUUAUAUAAACCUCCCAGCUCCUUCCCACAAUCCCGCGUACGCUGUUUAUGAUGGGCAACGGUUGCAACUUUGAGCGUAAUAGAACAUAACCAAAAACCAUUGAGUAUACCGUGAGUGUCCAAUAAUCGAAAGAAUUACUCGAUAGUUUCUCUCAGUCAUAUAUCAGCCAAGAAAGAUUUGACGUGAAGAGUUAGUUAAACAAACACAUUCCAGAACACCAAGAAAAAUGAUAAACAGAAGACUAAGCACUCGAACGAGCAUCCAACCAACCCAAAGGACCGAACCCCACAUUGAUGCACCCCUUACUUCCAACUUAUGUGACAAUGGCACUCCUUCCUUGCCAAGAAAAUUCACAAAUUCCAGGCGGACCAUAGGUAAAAGCUCAGAUUGGUCGUUGAAUUCUCCCAAGGAAGAUCAACCAGAAUCUCCAUCACCCAUUUGCAGCAGUUGCACUAGUCCACUAAGCUCUAAAACAUCUUCUUCUAAGCUCAAUACAUUCUUCUCUCGACUCUCCACUGAGUCAGCAACUCCAAGAAACCAGAGCUAUUACGUUGAUUCGGAUAGUGGGAAGAAUGGCCGUUUCAACGACCCAAAUCCUCAAGACAAGUAUCCACUAGCAAUUGAAGAGAAUUCAGUAGCUGAGGAGAUUAGUAGUCAAGCUUGCAGUUUAGGGAACUUCGGAGUGUCCAAUGGUGAAAGCCCGGAUUAUUUACAGCAUAACUUGAUGACUCGGCCGAAGCCUUACAGUACGUUCUUAGAUGAAGUCAAGAAGCAGGAGCUUGAGGCUGAGGUAGAAGCAUGGAAAAAAACUAAAGAAACCGAGCUUAUUGACAAGUUGGCCAGAAAAGAAGCUGCUAUAAACGAAUGGGAACACAAGAAGACUAGCAAGAUUGUGGAAGAAAUGAAGAAAUUUGAGAGCAAGCUGGAGAAGAAGCGUGCUAAAGCAUUACAGAAAUUCCAAAAGAAAAUGAACAUAGCAAAGGCUGAGGCAAAUAAAAUGACAACAAAGGCAAGGAAAGAAACCAUUGAGAAAAUAUCAGACAUUUCAAAGAUCUCUGACACAGCAUUAGCCACGAAGAAUUCAAAAUGUGUCAAGCUACGGUUCUCUUAGUCCAAAAAAAAAACAAUUAUAACUUUUAGUAAUUAGAUAAAUGAGAUGUUUGGCAUUAAAUUCCAAUGUGCAUCAACGAUUCUAUUCAGCAAUUAUUAAUCAUAAGAAUCCGUAGUAUCUCCAAGCUUUUUGACGUUAUGCUAGUCCUUGUAAGAGAGUUAGUGGUCAUGUUGGUCAUAUAUUUUUUUAGACAUUUCAGACAUGUAUCGGUGGGUUCACUUAAUUUUGACCGAUUAAUAUUUUUCA